GCGCGCUGGUGCUGAUGCAGGAUGGCUGAGCGCGCAGGAGCCCGGGAGGUCUGAGCCGGGCGAGGCUUGUUCCCUGCGCACCGCCUCGUCCGCCUGCCGCGUGGUCGCUGGCAGGUGGGCCGGGCGGCGCUGGGCAGGGCCGGGGCAGGGCCACGGCAGGCCGGUCUGCAGGCGUAGGGGCUGGAGCCGAGAGGCUGCCUACCUUCCCGGGCUCGGAGCGGCCGGGGCUGCCCAGCCGGCCGGGGUCGCGAUGACCUGCUGAGAAGCGUCGUCGGAGGCUGCAGGAGGCGGCCUAGCUGUGGGCGGUGAGGCUCGCGGCCUCCUCCCCAUCGUUCCCGGCCCCGGCCCCCCACCCAUCCCCGCGCCCCCUCCCUACCGCCGGCCGAGAUGGCGGAUCCAGCCGAAUGCAGCAUCAAAGUGAUGUGCCGGUUCCGGCCCCUCAACGAAGCGGAGAUCCUCCGCGGGGACAAAUUCAUCCCCAAAUUUAAAGGCGAUGAGACCGUGGUGAUCGGGCAAGGGAAGCCAUAUGUCUUUGACAGAGUGCUACCUCCCAACACGACCCAAGAGCAGGUUUACAAUGCAUGUGCGAAGCAAAUUGUCAAAGAUGUCCUUGAAGGUUAUAAUGGGACGAUUUUUGCGUAUGGGCAGACUUCAUCAGGAAAAACACACACCAUGGAGGGGAAGCUGCAUGACCCCCAGCUCAUGGGGAUCAUCCCAAGAAUUGCCCAUGAUAUCUUUGACCAUAUCUACUCCAUGGAUGAGAACCUGGAGUUUCACAUAAAGGUUUCCUAUUUUGAGAUCUACUUGGACAAAAUAAGGGACUUACUUGAUGUAUCCAAGACCAACUUGGCUGUUCAUGAAGAUAAAAACAGAGUCCCGUAUGUAAAGGGGUGCACUGAGCGGUUUGUGUCGAGCCCCGAGGAAGUCAUGGAUGUGAUAGAUGAAGGCAAAGCAAACCGACACGUGGCUGUGACAAACAUGAAUGAACACAGCUCUAGAAGUCACAGUAUCUUCCUGAUAAAUAUUAAGCAAGAGAAUGUAGAGACUGAAAAAAAACUCAGUGGGAAACUUUAUUUGGUUGAUUUGGCUGGGAGUGAAAAGGUCAGCAAAACUGGUGCCGAGGGAGCUGUUCUUGACGAAGCUAAAAAUAUCAAUAAGUCUUUGUCUGCUCUUGGAAAUGUGAUCUCUGCUUUGGCAGAAGGGACAAAAACACACGUGCCAUACCGGGACAGCAAGAUGACUCGGAUUCUCCAGGACUCUUUGGGUGGGAACUGCAGAACCACCAUUGUCAUUUGCUGUUCUCCUUCUGUUUUCAAUGAAGCUGAGACCAAGUCCACGCUGAUGUUUGGACAGAGAGCUAAGACCAUCAAGAAUACAGUCUCUGUGAACCUAGAACUGACAGCAGAAGAAUGGAAGAAGAAAUAUGAAAAAGAGAAAGAAAAAAACAAGACUUUGAAGAAUGUUAUCCAGCAUCUGGAGAUGGAGCUAAACAGGUGGAGGAAUGGAGAAGCUGUGCCUGAGGAUGAACAGAUCAGUGCCAAGGACCAGAAGAACCUGGAGCCUUGUGAUAACACCCCCAUCAUUGACAAUAUUGCUCCUGUUGUUGCUGGCAUCUCUACAGAGGAUAAAGAGAAGUAUGACGAGGAGAUCUCCAGUCUCUACAGACAAUUGGAUGACAAGGAUGAUGAAAUUAACCAGCAGAGCCAGCUGGCUGAAAAGCUGAAGCAACAGAUGUUGGAUCAGGAUGAGUUGAUUGUGAAGUCAACCAGUGUACAAUGUGAAAUCCUGAUAACAUUUAAAAAUGAUCUUUUAGCUUCCACAAGAAGAGACUAUGAGAAGAUACAAGAGGAGCUGACACGUCUCCAGAUUGAAAAUGAGGCAGCCAAGGAUGAGGUGAAAGAAGUUCUGCAGGCCCUGGAGGAGCUGGCUGUCAAUUACGACCAGAAGUCACAGGAAGUAGAGGAUAAGACCCGGGCCAAUGAGCAGCUGACAGACGAGCUGGCCCAGAAAACGACUACAUUGACAACCACGCAGAGAGAGCUGAGCCAGCUGCAAGAGCUUAGCAACCACCAGAAGAAAAGGGCAACUGAGAUCCUGAAUUUACUGUUGAAAGAUUUGGGGGAGAUAGGUGGAAUUAUUGGCACCAAUGAUGUGAAAACCUUGGCAGAUGUGAAUGGAGUCAUUGAGGAGGAGUUUACCAUGGCCCGCCUGUACAUCAGCAAGAUGAAGUCAGAGGUCAAGUCCUUGGUGAACCGCAGCAAACAGCUUGAGAGCGCCCAGAUGGACUCCAACAGGAAGAUGAACGCCAGUGAGCGGGAGCUGGCAGCCUGCCAGCUGCUCAUCUCACAGCAUGAAGCCAAGAUCAAGUCUCUGACAGACUACAUGCAGAACAUGGAACAGAAGAGGAGGCAGUUGGAAGAGUCCCAGGACUCGCUCAGUGAAGAGCUGGCCAAGCUCCGAGCCCAAGAAAAAAUGCACGAAGUCAGCUUCCAGGAUAAGGAGAAGGAACAUCUGACGCGGUUGCAGGAUGCGGAGGAAAUGAAGAAGGCGCUGGAGCAGCAGAUGGAGAGCCACCGGGAAGCACACCAGAAGCAGCUGUCCAGACUCCGAGACGAAAUUGAGGAGAAGCAGAAAAUCAUUGAUGAAAUUAGGGAUUUGAAUCAGAAACUGCAACUGGAACAGGAGAAGCUCAGUUCUGAUUAUAACAAGCUGAAAAUAGAGGACCAAGAGAGAGAAAUGAAACUGGAAAAGCUCUUAUUGCUGAAUGAUAAAAGGGAACAAGCCAGAGAAGACCUCAAAGGGCUGGAGGAGACAGUGUCUCGAGAAUUGCAGACGCUUCACAACCUUCGGAAACUCUUUGUCCAGGAUCUGACCACCCGAGUUAAAAAAAGUGUGGAGUUGGACAGCGAUGAUGGAGGGGGCAGUGCCGCCCAGAAGCAGAAAAUUUCCUUUUUGGAGAAUAACCUGGAGCAGCUCACCAAGGUUCACAAGCAGCUGGUUCGGGACAACGCAGACCUGCGCUGUGAACUGCCCAAGCUGGAGAAGCGGCUGCGCGCCACGGCCGAGCGUGUCAAGGCGCUGGAGAGCGCGCUGAAGGAGGCCAAGGAGAACGCCAUGCGGGACCGCAAGCGCUACCAGCAGGAGGUGGAUCGCAUCAAGGAGGCUGUGCGGGCCAAGAACAUGGCCAGGAGGGCCCAUUCAGCCCAGAUCGCCAAGCCCAUCCGGCCCGGACACUACCCAGCCUCAUCUCCAACGGCUGUCCAUGCCAUUCGAGGGGGAGGAGGCAGCUCUUCAAACUCCACUCACUACCAGAAAUAAAUACUAAAUACAACUCCACGUAGCAUGUCAAGGACUACAUUAAUCACCAAUUCCUUUAUUUUUUUCCCUCUUACAGUUUCCAUUUUUUUUUUAUACUUGCUUACCCCAGCCAUCUGCAGUACACCAGUUUCAGGUCUUUGAGGUGUGUAGAGUUUCUGUGUGUACAGAUGUGUGCUCGGACUUUUCUCUUUCUGAGAAAUCUGAAGGAGAUGGUUGCAGAAGAUCCACUUACUACGCAGAACCAUUACCGCUGACUCAGCCUCCAGGGUGUUGGGUGGUUUCUGGGUGGUCCCUGGAGCCUCCUCUGGGCAGUGCACUGUCCCAUCUGUACGCCCCAAUGUGCCAUUCCCUGGAGGGGAACAACCAAGUGCCGUGGAGGCAGGCGAUCAUGCUCUGCCUCAACUGUCUGGUUUCCUGUAAAAUAAACACAUUACUUUAUAUUUUUAAGGAACAAAAAGUGCUGCUAUAGGGUUCAAAGUUUUCAUUCUGAACACUUUUCCAAAACAAAUUACCCCAAAGACACAUUUUGAAUAUCCAGGUCACAUCUUUGGAUCUGUAAAAUAUACCUUUUAGUGUGGCACCUGUUAAAAUGCAAAGCAAAUUUCUUUGGGGCAGAAAAACAAUCUGACAGUGGCAAUGUAGAAUUUGUUCAUUCAGAUACAUCUAUGUAAAUGCAAAAAGUCCUAAAAGUCACCUCCGAGCUGCUUGCUUUUGAACCUGCAGCAACUAGUCUUGACCGGCCUGGUUUGAACAUCAUUCUUUCAGAAGUGCUGAAAAUGCUGCAGAGUUGGAUAAAUGGAAAUGUGACUGCCCCUCUCCUCACUUCUUCCUCCCUGAUCCUUCUGGAGCUUGCAUCGGGAAUGGCCUCUUUCUCUAACCAUUUUCAGUUUGAGGGGGUAUUGCUGAAGAAAUCCAGCAUCAUUCCAGCAGUUGAAAAAAGGAAACCUUGGGGAGAAAGUACUUGAGAAGAUUUUGUUCUUUGUGCUUGUCUAUGAAUAAGUUGUCAUGAAUAAGUUAUUAUUUUAACCCAUCAUUGCAGACUAUUUGAAUUCUUUGACACCAAAAAGGUUUCAUCUUCUUAGGCACAAUUAGAAAAAAAUCCAUAUUGUUGGAUAUUUUACAUUUAGUUUAUUUAUUCAAAUACAUAAAUCUAAAGCUCAAUCAACCCUUACUUCCAGUUGUGCAUAUUAAGAAGAUCAAUUUCCAAGUAGUAAAGUUUUCGGAGAAACUGACAAAGAUUCAGUUAAGUUGGUCUUGUGUGCUGCUAUUUUUUUUUUUUUUUUUUUGACAAAUUUGGGGGUAAGUCAAUGACAGUGAAACCAAUCUCGGUGAAAGCUCCUAUCCUCUCAUGAUGUGGGCCCAAGAUGGGUGAGCUGGCACUGUACCCUGAAGCUUUCACCACUGUAAUGAAGUAUAUGCCAGGGGAGACUGGGCUUUUCUCAUGGCUGUGUGGGUUGAAGGUAGUUCAAGUGUGUGUGUGUGUGUGUGUGUGUGUGUGUGUUUGUGUAAAGUGCUAAGAACUGUGCAUUGACAUCCAAACAUUUCUUGUAUAAAAUUUCCCUAGCAAAGCAAACCCACUUUGACUUAAUUUAUUUGGUAAAUGUUGCACUUUGUUUAUGUGUGUUUUGUUUUGGGUGGGGGGAUAAGGGGAGAGAGGAGGACAAAUUUUAUUGAAGUCCUUAUUUCGUGAAGAUGGCAAUUUUGCAUUUGUUUAAUUUUUUUUCCUUCUUUGAUUUUGUUAUCAGUGCCAGCCCAAUAUACCUGCUCCAUCAUUAUUUACAGUCUGAUAGGAGGGUCCUUGUGGGGCAGCGUU